AACAUACCCACGGCGCUGCACUUGGGCUUGAUAGCUUUCAUUGAACGAAGCCGAUUGUCUAUUUACUCAAGGCGACGUUCUAGCUUCUCGUCGCCAGGAGCUUCGGGACCAACGCAAACCCUGUGACACCUGAACAUCAACACGAGAGCGACAUGGCGCCGAUGCCAAUCAAGUUCCAGGAGCUGGUGCAGCUCACCAGCUCCGGCGUUGAAACUUCGUCCAUCACCUUCAACAGCUGCACACUCGAAUCCGAUCACUACAUUUGCAUUCGAGAAAAGAAAAGCGAAGAUGCUUCCCCGGAGGUAGUCAUCGUCGAGCUCAAGAAUGGCAACAAUGUGAUGCGACGACCUAUCAAGGCUGACAGUGCCAUCAUGCACUGGGACCGACAAGUCAUUGCACUGAAGGCUCAGUCUCGCACACUUCAGAUCUUUGACCUGGACAAAAAGCAAAAGCUCAAGUCGAACACCAUGAACGAAGACGUUGUGUUUUGGAAAUGGAUCAGCGAGACCACCCUCGGUCUGAUCACAGGCACAGCUGUGUAUCAUUGGGACAUAUACGAACCUGGUCAGGACGCGCCAGUCAAGGUGUUUGAACGCAACCAGAAUCUCAAUGGAUGUCAAAUUAUCAACUACCGGGUCAACACUGACGGGAAGUGGAUGGUAGUUGUUGGCAUUUCCCAGCAGCAAGGCCGCAUCGUUGGUGCCAUGCAACUUUACUCGAAGGACCGCGGUAUCAGCCAGGCUAUCGAGGGCCAUGCGGCGGCUUUCGGCACUCUGCGACUCGAAGGUGCACCCCAGGACACCAAGCUCUUUACGUUUGCUGCACGGACUGCUACCGGCGCCAAGCUCCACAUUGUCGAGGUCGAUCACCCUGAGUCGAAUCCUGUGUUCCAGAAGAAGGCGGUCGAUAUUUUCUUUCCUCAGGAGGCGAACAGCGAUUUCCCCGUCGCUCUGCAGGUCUCGCAGAAAUACGGUGUGAUCUUCAUGAUCACCAAGUAUGGCUUUAUUCACAUGUACGACUUGGAGACCGGCAGCUGCAUCUUCAUGAACCGCAUCUCCAGCGAGACCAUCUUCACUACAUGCGCUGACAACGAAUCGACUGGUAUUGUGGCUAUCAACCGCAAGGGCCAAGUUUUGUUCGUUACUGUUGACGAGACAACCGCCAUUCCAUACCUGCUGCAGAACCCUGCGAACACUGAGAUGGCCAUCAAGCUGGCGUCGCGCGCAGGUCUCCCGGGCGCCGAUGACCUGUACGCCAAGCAAUUUGACAACCUAUUCAACGCGGGCAAUUACGCUGAGGCUGCCAAGAUUGCGGCGAACUCGCCUCGUGGCUUCCUGCGCACUGCCGAAACGAUCGAGAAGUUCAAGCGUCUUCCUGUUCAGCCUGGCCAGAUGGCAUAUACUUUGCAAUACUUUGGUAUGCUUCUGGACAAAGGUUCUCUCAACAAACAUGAGACGCUCGAGCUCGCCCAGCCCGUACUCUCGCAGAACCGCAAACAUCUGUUGGAGAAAUGGCUCAAGGAGGACAAGCUGGACUGCUCCGAGCAGCUCGGUGAUUUGGCCCGCCCUUAUGACGUGAACAUGGCCUUGACAAUCUACCUCAAGGCUAACGUUCCCCACAAGGUUGUUGCUGGCUUCGCUGAGACGGGCCAGUUUGACAAGAUUCUACCUUACUCUGCCCAAACCGGCUACCAGCCCGAUUAUGUCCAGCUGUUGCAGCACAUCAUCCGCGUCAACCCUGAAAAGGGAGCAGAAUUCGCAACGGCUCUCGCCAACAGCGAGCAGGGUCCCCUUGUCGACUUUGAGCGCGUUUGCGAUAUCUUCCAAUCUCAAGGCAUGAUCCAGCAGGCCACUGCUUUCUUGCUCGACGCGCUCAAGGACAACAAGCCCGAACACGCUCGCCUUCAGACACGCCUGCUGGAGAUGAACUUGAUGCACGCUCCUCAAGUUGCUGAGGCUAUCCUUGGAAAUGAGAUGUUCACCCACUUCGACAAGGCCCGCAUCGCUCACCUGUGCGAGCAAGCCGGUCUUGCGCAGAAGGCUUUGGAGCUUUAUGAGGAUCCCGAAGCCAUCAAGCGUGUAGUGGUUAACAUUCCUGGCAAUGCCAACUUCAACCCUGAGUGGCUCACCAACUUCUUCGGAAAGCUGUCUGUUGAGCAGUCCUUUGACUGCCUCGAUGUCAUGAUGAAGCACAACAUCCGCCAGAACCUCCAGUCGGUGGUGACCAUCGCCACCAAAUAUUCUGAUCUUCUGGGUCCCACGCGCAUCAUUGACCUGUUCGAGAAGUACAAGACUAGCGAAGGACUGUUCUACUACCUUGGCAGUGUCGUCAAUGUUUCAGAGGACCCGGAUGUGCACUUCAAGUACAUUGAGGCAGCCACCAAGAUGGGCCAGUUCAACGAGGUCGAACGUAUCUGCCGUGACAGCACCUCCUACAACCCCGAGAAGGUCAAGAACUUCCUGAAGGAAGCCCGCCUCCCUGAGCAACUGCCUCUUAUCAUUGUCUGCGACCGUUUCAACUUUGUGCACGACCUGAUCCUGUUCCUCUAUCAGAACCAGCAGUUCCAGGCUAUCGAGUCCUAUGUCCAGCGCGUCAACCCUGGCAGGACCCCAGCCGUCGUUGGCGGCCUUCUCGAUGUCGACUGCGAUGAGAACAUCAUCAAGCAGCUUUUGACUACGGUCAACGCCGCUUCGAUCAACAUUGAUGAACUUGUCGCGGAAGUGGAGUCUCGUAACCGUUUGAAGCUCCUUUUGCCAUUCCUCGAGGCAACUCUGCAAGCCGGCAACCAGCAGCAGGCAGUCUACAACGCUCUCGCCAAGAUUUACAUCGACUCCAACAACAACCCCGAGAAGUUCUUGAAGGAGAAUGAUCAGUACGAUACCCUGACUGUGGGUAAAUACUGCGAGAAGCGGGACCCCAACCUUGCAUACAUCGCCUACUCUAAGGGCCAGAAUGACCUGGAACUCGUCAACAUCACGAACGAGAACUCCAUGUACCGUGCACAGGCUCGCUAUCUGCUCGAGCGCUCUGAUGCUGAGCUCUGGCGUUUUGUUCUCAGCGAGAAUAACAUUCAUCGCCGCUCUGUGGUUGACCAGGUCACUGUGACUGCCGUCCCUGAGUCGACUGACCCUGCCAAGGUCUCUGUUGCUGUAUCCGCCCUGCUCGAGAACGACAUGCCACUGGAGCUCAUCGAACUGUUGGAGAAGAUCGUCUUGGAGCCAUCUCCAUUCAGCGACAACCAAAAUCUGCAGAAUCUGCUCAUGUUCACUGCAGCCAAGGCUGACAAGGCCCGUGUCAUGGACUACAUCCACAAGCUGGAUGGAUACAAUGCUGACGACAUCGCUACCUCGUGUAUCGAAGUGGGUUUGCAUGAGGAGGCAUUUGAGAUCUACAAGAAGGCCGAUAACAAGGCCGCUGCUGUUGAUGUUCUGGUUGAGCACGUGGUCAGCAUCGACCGUGCUCAGGCUUUUGCUGAAGAGGUCGACUUGCCCGAGGUAUGGAGCAAGGUCGCCAAGGCUCAGCUCGACGGCCUCCGUGUCUCCGACGCCAUUGAAUCGUACAUCAAGGCGGAGGAUCCCAAGAAUUACGAGGAGGUCAUCGAGAUUGCCACCCAUGCCGGCAAGAAUGAAGACCUCGUCAAAUACUUGCGAAUGGCUCGCAAGACCCUGAGGGAACCCGCGAUUGAUACCGCCCUCGCCUUCUGCUUCGCCCGCCUCGAUCAGCUCUCUGAGCUUGAGGACUUCCUGCGUGCGACCAACGUUGCUAACGUGGAGGAGUCUGGUGAUAAGGCGUACGAGGAGGGCUUUUAUGAGGCUUCCAAGAUCUUCUUCACGAGCAUCUCGAACUGGGCCAAACUUGCUACCACUCAUGUGCACCUGGGCGACCACCAGGCUGCUGUGGACUGCGCGCGCAAAGCCAACAACAUCAAGGUCUGGAGGCAGGUCCACGAGGCUUGCGUGGAGAAGAAGGAGUUCCGCCUGGCGCAGAUCUGCGGUCUCAACCUCAUUGUCGACGCUGAGCAAUUGCAAGAACUCGUCAAGCAGUAUGAGCGCAAUGGCUACUUUGACGAGCUGAUUAGCUUGUUGGAGCAGGGCCUUGGCCUAGAGAGGGCACAUAUGGGGCUCUUCACUUCCCUCGGUGUUGCUCUUUCAAAGUAUCACCCUGAGAAGCUCAUGGAGCACAUCAAGAUUUUCUGGUCGCGCAUGAACAUGCCCAAGAUGAUUCGUGCCUGCGAGGAAGCCAACUUGUGGCCCGAGUUGGUCUUCUGCUACUACCACUACGAUGAGUUUGACAAUGCUGCUCUUGCCGUCAUUGAGCGCCCGGAGAACUCCUGGGAUCACCAGCAAUUCAAGGAGAUCGUGGUGAAGGUGGCCAAUUUGGAGAUUUACUACCGCGCCAUCAAGUUCUACGUGGAGCAGCACCCCUCGCUACUCACCGACCUGCUUGCUGCUUUGACGGCUCGCAUUGACGUCAACCGUGUCGUCAAGAUCUUCCAGAAGAACGACGACCUACCGCUCAUCAAGUCUUUCCUGUUGAAUGUUCAGUCGCAGAACAAGCGGGUGGUCAAUGAGGCUGUCAACGAUCUCCUCAUCGAAGAGGAGGAUUACAAGACCCUCCGUGACUCGGUACAGAACUUUGACAACUACGAUGCCGUGGCUCUUGCUGGUCGCUUGGAGAAGCAUGACCUCAUUUUCUUCCGCCAGAUUGCGGCAAACAUCUACCGCAAGAACAAGCGCUGGGAGAAGUCGAUCGCCCUUUCGAAGCAGGACAAGUUGUAUAAGGAUGCAAUUGAGACUGCCGCCAUGUCGGGCAAGAACGACAUUGUGGACGACCUGUUGCGCUACUUCGUUGACAUUGGUCACCGCGAGUGCUACACUGGCAUGCUAUACGCUUGCAACGAGCUUAUCCGUCCGGACCUUGUUCUGGAGCUGUCCUGGCGUCAUGGGUUGAACGACUUUUCCAUGCCCUACAUGAUCAACAUGCUAGCCCAGCAAACCAAGGAGCUUGCCCUGCUCAAGGCCGACAACGAGGCCCGCAAAAGCAAAGAGAAGGAGCAAGAGAAGACCGAGGACAACACGCCAAUCUUGGGUGGUGGUCGUCUCAUGAUCACAGCUGGCCCGGGCGGCGCGCCGGCACCUGCACCCUACGGUCAACAGCCUAAUGGGUUUGCACCGCAGCCUACAGGCUACGGCUACUAAAUCACGUGAAAGAGGGAUUGUCACAAUUAUCCAGCGUGAUGCCUUGAGUCAAUACGAUUUCCUUACUUUGUACCAUAUUUGUGCUGCUCGGCAGUAAUCCGACGCGAGACGGGCAUGGCGAGGUUGGCCUAGGCUUGGUGAGCACUAGAAUACACGAGCGUCUGGCGCCAGUUGGUGGAUCACGCCGCGGCCUUUUGGAUGUGGUGGGGAAACUGGUUUCAUUUGUCCUGUGUCUUAUGAGCGUUUGCGGAAGACGAGACCUUUGAGACGGGUACAGUCUCGAAUGGGAGGUGGAAGCGCGUGCGCGAGGGCGGUCAAUCGUUAUCUUGUAUGUAUGUGUAUUAUAGGGAGGUAUUAUCAAGCAUACCACGUCUGUUAUUGAGCAUAACCGGUUGAGUUAAGUGUGGCAGACGCUA